AGCAGGAGCCGGGGCCGCGCGGCGGGAGGGCGGCGGAGGCCGAGCAGCGGCCCGGUAAGGGAGAGGGGGCUGCGGCGGGGCCGGCGGGGCUGCGGCCGGAACGGGGCCCGUGCUGUGGGCCGGAUCGCCGCGGGGUGCCGCCACCUCGAGGCGCGGGGCCGGCGGAGAAGGAGCCGCGGCCCGGCCCGCGUCGGUGAGGGCGCGGAGGCCCCGGGGUCGUCGCGCGCGGUGUCCGCCCCCGCCGCUGCGCUCCCGCCGCCCCCGGCCCGGCGGUGACGGUGCGCUCCGGGCGGUCCGGGGGGGCUCCGCGAGGGCGGCCCGGGGCGGUGGGCCCUCCUCGUACUGCGCCGCGGGGGGUGCGCUCGGGGCCGGAGGGAGCGGCGGAGUUGGAGGGUGCGGUUGGGCCCCGCUCCGGACGGGGGACGGAGCCCGGGAGCGGCGGGGGCGGCCGGGAGCGUUCCGUCCCGGCGCGGCGGCUCGGGGAGCCCCGGCCCCGUGAAGGUCACCUUCAACGGACGCGGCGCGGCGCGCCCGGAGGGGGUGGGGGGCGGCCGGGAGGGGCCCGCGUUCCCCAGACUCCGUGUUCCGGCAGCGGCGCGGAGCUCCGGGCGCCGUCCGGGCCGGGCGGGGGGGGCGGCGGGGCCUUCCCGGCCCUCCCCGGGCAUGGAAUCUCGGUGUGGGCCUGGGCCGGAGUGCUGGGGAGGCCGCUCCAUGCCGCGCUGGGAGCCGCGCGCUCCGGAUCGACCCCGCACAGUCCCGGCCGUGCUCGAGGUCAGCUGCGGGCCGGGACCCUGGGCACGAAGCCUGGCGCUGAACCCCGUCCCGUAGUGCCAGGGCUGCACGCUGUGUGGGGCCUCGCGUGGCCGUGGCACAGUCUGUGUCCCUUACUGCUGCCUUGCCUGGCUCGGGUCUGUCCGGGCCCUGCGGGCUGCUGUGAGGUCACUGGGUGGUGGUGACCACAGGGUGACUGCAGGGGGAUGCAUAUGUGUCUGUAAGAGAUAAUCUCAUAAAGGAGUUAUCUUGGGGCCACAAAGAUGCAGCUCGCCUCAUGUGCUCUUCUAAACUGAGUUCUGCUGGGGCUGGUGUCACGGUAUGGUGGUGUCUUUGCAAUAGGUGAGAGGCAGCUGAACCGCACUGGAAAUGUGAACUGCAAGAAUCUGUCACUUCAGAGAAUGCUCAAAAGCAGAUAUGUGGGAUUCCCUGGGAAGAGCUGAUAUCUGAUGAGAGAUCUUGGCUGAAUGCUGCAUGCUUUGACUCAUUAAAGCCCCAACAACAAAUAAAUGAGGGGGGCAGCAACAUGGGCAGCCCUGCGCCCUGCCCCGGGCGCUCUGCAUCUGUUUCGGGGUGCAGGCACCGGCCCUGCCCGGCAUUCCAGGUCAUCCUGGAUGCAGAGUGCUGUACCUGCAAGAGGUAUGUAGGAGCAUCCCAAGCACUGCUCUGCAACUCAGCCUACUGCUCUGCUCUGUAACUAACAAGAAGAAAGGCUGCUCCUCAUAGGUCACAUUGGCUGAGCAAGGGACUGCCACUGCCUCCCUCCCCAGUUUGUAUGAUGAUGAGGUGACUUUUUGAAGUUUGUCACUCAAAGCAAAGUUCACUGGCGUUUGAGGCUGGCAGGAAUUCAAGUGUGUGGGGGAGAGCCUCCCCCGCCCCCCCCACGCACCGUUUAUUCAAGUGGAUGCCAAGCACAGCUCCGGUUAAAAAGUUACACCGUGUGAUCCCUGCUCAGCAUGAGUUGGGCCAUGGGGGAGGGAGGUAAAGCCCUCCCUUGUGCUGCCCAGAGCUCUCUGGCUGACACAGGGCUGGCUGAGCACCCACAAAGCUGUGCUCUGUCCCCAUGCACCCAGCACUGCCCAUUGGGGUCCUGGCAGCUGCGUCACACAGAGGGGCGGCCGAUGGGGCUGUGCUGCGGAUGGGCACCUGGCUAACAGGAUGUGCUCUUCUAUUGUGCUAGGCAUCGAGACUGGGGGGGGCUGUUUUCUUUUGCUUCUAAAGUGGCGAGAGAGUUGUGACUGCCCCCUUCACCUCCAAAAAGACAAACAUGCUGGGUCACUUCCUCCUCCUGGGAGCAGAAAUAGACAAACACUUGGAGUACCUGCAGUGAUUUCCAGCAAGAGCAGUUAUGGGUUAAGUUACGUCUCUUGUUAACUAGCACAAGAUCAAAAGACAGCAGUUGUGUGCAGCACUUUUGGACUAUUUUUGUUACUGCAGUUGUUGGUGCUUCAGAACAAGCUUGUCUCACGUGAAGGCUAGCAGUGUGUCUACCUGGCAUAGAGUCCUUGUCAGUGCCUUGCCUGGAGGUUGGCUUUUUCUAAGGAAAAAAGUCCCUGUCCCUUUUCUUCCUGUCUUCUCUGUUAAUAGAGCAGAGAAUGAAGGUACUAAUGGAGAACUGCUGUGGAGGCAGCACUGUUGUCCGUUAGCAACAAAGUCAGAACACAGAUUCCUAAUCAGGGGAUCUGCCGGCCCUGUCUGUCGCCUGACCUUGGAGGUUUGCUUGUGGUUUGGAAGGGGCUGAAUUGCUGACGGCUGGUUUUUCUAAUGGGCGGUUGUAACACUUCAGGGGGAGAACUGGACCAUCAUGCAGGAGGGAGAGGAUUGUUGCUAUGAGGCAGAGGAGAGGGCUGCGAUAACAGCAGCGCCUGUGUGAUGGGGAUGGGACCUGAGCAAGGGCUGGUGUUUGGUACAGCUCUGCUGGGGGGUGGCCCUGAGCUCCCACUGAGAGCCAGAAGCUCUCAGUUAUCCCUGAGCAGCAUCGCUCCUGGGUUUCCCAGCUAGAAAGUGGAAGUAGGUCAGGAAUAUACACGCAGGGAGGUGCAGGCACAUGGCUGCCUUCUGCACAGUAAAAACAACUUUGUGUUGCACAGAACUGUUUGACUUAGCAGUCUGUAAAUGACUGAACUUGGCAGCGUCCCGCUUGCUUUUCUGCAUCGUGCCGCAUUAGUUGUACUAGAAAGCUGUUAUUUCUAAAAGCUUUAAAGGUCUCAAGUUCAUGCAUUUCUUUAUUUGCAUUUGAGGAGUAAAACCGGUCCAUGGGGCAGCGUUUGCACACAGUGCUGACACUGCGUGGCUGUUGGGUGGUGGUGGUGCUCUGGAGGUGCAUCUGCUGUGGUGCGGGGCUGGGCAGGGCUGGGUCUCCCAUGGCAGUUGAGUUUUCUUCUGUAUUUUGCUUUUUUUUUUUUUUUUAAACACUACCGACUCCAGGAUGAGAGGUUGUCUGCUGUUUUCAUGACAAAUCAGCUUAAAUGCACUUUUAGAGGUGAAGAACCUUCAUCUUUGAGUGGGAAAACGGAUCUACGCUGCAAAUGAACACCAAAGCAGUCUGAGGGAAAAGGCCAGCAGAGUCCAGCGAGGUGCGAUUCCUUGUGCCUAAGUAACAUUAAAAGCACCUGCCUGGCGUGGCACUUGUCAAUGGCAGCGGCCCCCAUGAGAACCUGAAGGGUGAGAAGGAUGCCAGGCAGAAUGGACAUGAGGAGGCUGAUGCAGGGGAAGACGGGAAUGACCAGGAGGUCAUUGUCAUCCAAGACACGGGAUUUACUGUCAAGAUCUGCGCACCCGGGAUAGAGCCCUUUUCCCUGCAGGUGUCUCCUCAAGAGAUGGUGCAAGAGAUCCACCAAGUCUUAAUGGACCGUGAGGACACCUGCCACCGGACUUGCUUCUCCCUGCAACUGGAUGGCAAUGUCCUUGAUAAUUUUGCUGAGCUGAAAACUAUUGAAGGACUGCAGGAGGGCUCGCUGCUGAAAGUGGUGGAAGAGCCGUACACAGUGCGAGAGGCCAGGAUACAUGUGCGUCACAUUCGGGACCUUCUGAAGAGUCUUGACCCUUCAGAUGCUUUCAAUGGUGUGGACUGUAAUUCUCUGUCAUUCCUGAGUGUCUUCACUGAAGGAGACCUGGGAGACAGCGGAAAACGAAAGAAAAAAGGUACUGAAAUGGAACAAAUUGACUGCACCCCUCCUGAACAUAUCCUGCCAGGUAGCAAAGAGAGACCCCUGUGUGCCCUUCAGCCCCAGAACAGAGACUGGAAGCCUUUGCAGUGCCUAAAGGUAUUGACAAUGAGUGGCUGGAACCCUCCACCUGGUAACAGGAAGAUGCAUGGUGACCUCAUGUAUUUAUAUGUCAUCACAGUGGAGGAUCGACAUGUCAGUAUCACUGCAUCCACUAGAGGAUUUUACUUGAAUCAGUCUACCGCAUACAACUUCAAUCCCAAACCUGCAAACCCCAGUUUUCUCAGUCAUUCCUUGGUGGAACUACUUAACCAGAUCAGCCCUACCUUCAAAAAAAACUUCUCUGCUCUGCAGAAGAAACGGGUUCAGAGACAUCCUUUUGAAAGGAUAGCAACUCCUUUCCAAGUGUACAGCUGGACUGCUCCACAAGCAGAACAUGCCAUGGACUGUGUCCGAGCAGAAGAUGCGUACACUUCCAGGCUGGGCUAUGAAGAGCACAUACCUGGACAGACCAGAGACUGGAACGAAGAGCUGCAGACUACGCGAGAGCUGCCACGCAAGAACCUGCCUGAGAGGCUGCUGAGAGAACGAGCCAUUUUCAAGGUUCACAGUGACUUCACUGCAGCAGCAACAAGAGGUGCCAUGGCUGUCAUUGAUGGCAAUGUCAUGGCCAUCAACCCCAGUGAAGAGACCAAGAUGCAGAUGUUCAUCUGGAACAACAUAUUCUUCAGUCUGGGCUUUGAUGUUCGUGACCACUACAAGGACUUUGGUGGGGAUGUUGCUGCUUAUGUAGCACCUACCAAUGAUCUCAAUGGUGUGCGGACCUAUAACGCUGUGGAUGUAGAAGGGCUGUACACUCUGGGAACUGUAGUGGUGGAUUACAGAGGUUACAGAGUGACAGCUCAGUCUAUUAUUCCUGGGAUCUUGGAAAGGGAACAGGAACAGAGUGUCAUCUAUGGGUCAAUAGACUUUGGCAAGACAGUUGUGUCACAUCCUAAGUACCUGGAGCUGCUAGAGAAGACCAGCAGACCGCUUAAGAUCCAGAAGCACAAAGUCCUGAAUGACAAGAAUGAGGAGGUGGAGUUGUGCUCCUCAGUGGAGUGCAAAGGCAUUAUUGGCAACGAUGGGCGUCACUACAUUCUGGACCUGCUCCGCACUUUCCCUCCAGAUCUAAACUUCCUACCAGUUGAAGGGGAGGAGAUGCCAGAGGAAUGUAAGAAAAUGGGGUUCCCCAAGCAGCACAGACACAAGCUUUGCUGUCUCCGGCAAGAGCUUGUUGAUGCCUUUGUAGAGCACAGGUAUCUCUUAUUCAUGAAGCUGGCUGCACUGCAGCUGAUGCAACAGAAAGCCAACAAACAGGAGAGCUCAGCUGCACUGGAAAAUGGCACCUCUCCGGAGAAUGGUACAGCAGAAAGCGAGAAGUCUGAGUCAGAUGAUGGUAAAACAGAUGACAGCGUGACUGGACUUGAUCAGGUUAAAGAGCUGGCUGAGACCAUUGCAUCUGAUGAUGGAACAGUCGAUCCCAAAAGCAGAGAAGUGAUUCGAAAUGCUUGCAAGGCCGUAGGCUCCAUUAGUGACACAUCAUUUGACAUUCGGUUUAACCCAGAUAUUUUCUCACCAGGUGUUCGUUUUCCUGAGUCUAGCAGAGAAGAGGUGCAGGAUCAGAAGCAGUUACUGAAGGAUGCUGCUGCGUUCUUGCUCUCGUGCCAGAUCCCAGGUUUGGUCAAGGACUGCCUGGAUCACACAGUGCUCCCCAUGGAUGGGGCCACCUUAGCAGAGGCCAUGCACCAGAGGGGCAUCAACAUGCGAUACCUAGGCAAAGUGAUCCACUUCAUCACCAAGACCCCCGGCCAUGCUCAGCUGGAUCAUAUCUUUAAAAUUGGCAUCAGUGAACUGAUCACUCGAUCAGCGAAACACAUCUUCAAGACGUACCUCCAGGGUGUGGAGCUGUCGGGUUUAUCAGCAGCCAUCAGCCACUUCCUCAAUUGCUUUCUAAGCUCCUUUCCAAACCCCAUUGCCCAUCUUCCAGCUGAUGAGCUGGUCUCCAAGAAAAAAAAUAAGAAAAGGAAAAACAGGAACCUUGGAAAUGCUGAUAACACGGCUUGGGCCAGCAUGACCCCUCAGGAGCUGUGGAAGAAUAUUUGUUCAGAAGCAAAGAGCUACUUUGAUUUUAGUCUUGAAUGUGAGAAUGCUGACCAAGCAGCCGAAAUGUAUAACCUACAGAAAAUCACCCUUCUUCGUGAAAUCUCCCUCAAAACUGGAGUCCAAAUACUGCUGAAGGAAUACAACUUUGACAACAGGCACAAGCCCACCUUCACAGAGGAAGACAUUCUCAACAUCUUCCCCGUAGUGAAGCAUGUAAACCCUAAAGCCUCCGAUGCUUUCCACUUCUUCCAGAGCGGGCAAGCGAAGGUUCAGCAAGGUUUCUUGAAGGAGGGCUGUGAGCUCAUCAAUGAAGCCUUAAACUUGUUCAACAAUGUGUAUGGUGCUAUGCAUGUAGAAAUCUGUGCCUGCCUGAGGCUGCUAGCUCGUCUCAAUUAUAUUAUGGGAGAUUAUUCAGAGGCCUUAAGUAAUCAGCAGAAAGCGGUGCUAAUGAGUGAGAGGGUCCUGGGUAUCGAACAUCCCAACACGAUUCAAGAAUACAUGCACCUUGCUUUGUACUGCUUUGCAAACAGCCAACUCUCUACAGCAUUAAACUUACUGUACCGUGCACGCUACCUCAUGCUAUUGGUAUUUGGGGAGGAUCACCCAGAAAUGGCACUCUUGGAUAACAACAUCGGCUUGGUGCUCCACGGGGUUAUGGAGUAUGACCUGUCCCUCCGGUUCCUGGAGAAUGCGCUGGCCAUCAGCUCCAAGUAUCACGGCUCCAAGUCUUUGAAAGUUGCACUCAGCCACCACUUGGUAGCUCGAGUGUAUGAGAGCAAAGCAGAAUUCCGGUCAGCACUGCAGCACGAGAAGGAAGGCUACACAAUCUACAAAAACCAGCUUGGAGAACACCAUGAAAAGACCAAAGAGAGCUCUGAGUACUUGAAAUACCUGACUCAGCAAGCUGUCGCUCUUCAACGCACAAUGAAUGAGAUCUACAAGAAUGGCUCCAAUGCUAACAUCGUGCCACUCAAGUUCACAGCUCCCAAUAUGACCAGUGUCCUGGAGCAGCUCAACAUUAUCAAUGGAAUUCUCUUCAUUCCGCUAAGCCAAAAAGACUUGGAGAACCUUAAGGCAGAGGUGCAGAGACGCCAGCAGCUCCAAGAAAGCAUAAAAAGUGGUGAACAGCUGGAACCAGAGGACAGAGCCGGGGAGGAGAAAGAAGCUGAGCCAAGCAUGCCUUCUGCUGCCAUCCCCUUAACGCAGAGCCCUGCUUAAUGUGUACCUCGCUUAAAAAAGUUAAACCACCCUUUUCUGAAUCUGAACCAGGGUCUUGGACUCCCCUGGAGCAGCUCCUCUUUUUUUUUUUUUUUUUUUUUUUGACAAUGUUAUUGCACUGGUACAAUUAAUACACAAUGCAAAGAACUAAUCUGAGAAAUGUAAUCUGUCUGACCGAGCUUGUAUCUGCCACGCGAAGGGGGCAGGGGGCCAGGAUGCAGCAGCGUACGAAAGACCCAUCCUUGGUGAGCACAGCCAGAGGCUGUUGUGCUGUGUGUGUGUACGUGUGUGUGUGCACAUAUCAUCAGUUAUUUCUACUCUGUACAUAUGAAUUCCAAAUGAACUGUCUUGAGGUAUAUAACAUUUCUCAGGUCAUUUUUAUGUUGACUAAGGACACUGCUUUGCUAAAACCAGUACAGAAAAGCCCCUAACCAUGCUCAGCAUUCUUGUAAAAUGUGGAUUCCAAGCCAAGAGAUUCAUUUCCCCCCAGUCCUUGUCCCAAUCUGUGCUAAGGAAAACGAAGCAGCCAUAUUUGUACUGUUGAGAUGACUAAAGCCUGUAAUGUGACUAAGUGGGGAAUGUACAGCAUUUUCUACAUCAGGAUAUAUAGCCAUUGAAUUCCUUUAACCAUUUUUUCUACUUUUGGUUGGCAGUUUGGCAGGUCAGGGUUUUUUUUUGUAACAUUCAUGUUCUAAUUGUCAAGAGAGAGAUAAAUAAAUAUAUAAAUAUAUAUAAAUAUAUAUAUAUAUAUAUGAUACUCACAGUUCCACCUCUGCUCUGCUUGCAGCUGAGUAACAGGAUACUGUACCCAAAGAGUGAGGGCUUGAUCUUGAUGUUUAAAGCGCACAAACUUCCAUUCCAGUGGAAACCCCAGUGCCUGGGAGAGACGUAAUGGCAGCAGCCGAGGUCUGAGUGAGGAGCUAACAGGGGCCCUAUUAACAGAGGGGAGAAGAGGGGAGGAAAAGUCAGAAAUGGAGACUUGAUCUUAUCUGAAAUAACCCUAACUCAGAGCUCACGGCUGUUAUCCCCGCUGCCAAACGUAACUGAAUUGGAAUCAUGAGUGUCACAACUUGAAAUUGCUGGGCCUUGCGGGGGGAGCAGUCUCUCCCGGCACUGAAACCUGUGGCCAAUAUCUUCAUAACGAAUGUCUUUGCACACUGGGUUUGAGAUUGUUCCCAGGGGAGCUUCCAUUGCUGGCAAUGGAUGUUACUGAGAUGGCGGAGGCCUUUAAAUGGGUAUGUCUGUAUUUCCCCCUCUCCCACCACACGCGCAUCCCAUCGCCAUUCUCGAUGCAGGCUCCCGGUAACGCCGGUCCCGCAGCAGCUCAGAGUUCACCUCUGCGGGCCAUGGGAGUGGAAUGUCCUUUUUUCCCCAACAGAUCGAGCUGUAGAGCAACUGAGGGUUGCUGAUGCACCCUACACUGUGCUGACAGAGGAGUCCAGGCUCUCAUUCUGUCUGUCAUGGCUGAAGUACCCCGUGCUAAUUUGCAUCGCUUCUUUUACUGACCUUCUGGAGAAACCAGUGCUGUCACUGCGCGCUGUACCUCGGGUUCCCGUCGGCACGGCAGGUAUUUGUGGGGGGCAAGGCAAGGUGGGCGCAGCGCUGAGGCGCAGCAGGAGGCGGCUCCUGCAAAAGAACUUGCUCCUAUUGGAAAAAUCCGAGUUCCAUGGAAAGCAAUCAAUAAACGACUACAGUGCAUCUUUCCUACAAGAACCUCCUUUCACUGGUGUCUUUUAGUCCAUUAAAAGCUUUUGAAACGAA